UUAUGGUUGUUCAAAAUCGGAAUGUUGGAUUAAUGCAGAGGAGCAGACGAUUUUCAAGACAAAGUUUCCAUCUCCGAAGUUUGGCACGGAGGUUCGGCGGAGAAACAUGGCCGAAGGUGGUGAGGGCAAAGGAGACGGAGAACCGGGGACUCUGUCCGAGCCGGAAGACGGUACACAAGCCCACUGCAUGCGCGGAACAGGCCACUGCAAGUGGUUCAACGUGCGGAUGGGCUUCGGAUUUAUAUCGAUGACCAGUCGCGAAGGAUAUCCUGUUGAUCCUCCCAUGGAUGUAUUUGUACACCAAAGCAAGCUGCACAUGGAGGGCUUCCGCAGCCUGAAGGAGGGGGAGGCCGUGGAGUUCAGCUUCAAGAAGUCCUCCAAGGGCCUGGAGUCCGUGCAGGUCACGGGGCCGGCAGGAGCGCACUGCGUGGGCAGCGAGAGGAGACCCAAGGGGAAGACGGUGCUGUACAAGCGGAAGCCAAAGGGAGAUCGAUGCUAUAACUGUGGAGGUCUGGACCACCAUGCCAAAGAGUGCAGUCUCCCACCCCAGCCAAAGAAGUGCCACUACUGCCAGAGCAUGUCCCACAUGGUGGCCCAGUGCCCCCACCGGGCAUCGAUGCCUGCUGCUGCUGCUGCCGCCACCACCACGAGCACUCAGGGAAGAGCCGGCACUGACCUCCACACCUCUACCUCCGGGCCCCAGGCCAGCGCCCGCCUCUCCCCGCAGGAGGCCUCCUCCAGCAGCAAGUCCUCCAGCUCGCCUGAGGAGGGCCUGCCCAGGACCCCCACCACCAGAGCAGCAGCGCGCAGGAGGAGGAGAUGCUGA